AUGUCAGAACAUGAACAAAUCAUAAAAGAAUAUCAUGAUGGAUUCUUCAAAGAGCUAGAAAACAUAGGAGAUCAUUUAUCAAUCAAAACACAUGAAGAUGAAAUCUAUAAAAUUCAAUUCACAAAUUCAGGUUGGUUACUAAAUGAAACAGAAUUAUUUGAAACUUUUGAAAGUUGUUUUAUAUCGAAAAGCUCAGGGUUCAAAUCAAAAUUUCAUGGGAAGUUAUUUGAUAAGUUAAGUGCUUUACAAAAUGAUGAUUCAUAA